UCCACUCAAUUAGUCAGGUUCAGCGGUAAUCAAGACAAAUAGCGUUGUCCAAGAAGCUUGUCCGACCUUUUGUCUAUCUCCGCUCAGCUCAAUUUGUCGCUAUAAAUUAGUAUCUGCCCGUAAUUAAAAACGAAAAAAAAACCCUUCCCGCCCCUCCUCAGUGAAAUUCUUUAUAAAUUGAUUAAUCUAAAUGACCAUGGACAGCAGUGGAGUGAACCAAAUCAUCAGUGCCUUGGGGUUGGUUUACGCGCUGACGUCGACAAAUGAUCAACGUCGUGAUGCACAGGCUUUUCUAGAGACCAUCAAAUCCAACGACGAGUCUCCUUUUUGGGGGUAUCAAUUGGCACUUCCAGAAAACAAUGGUACAAACUACAUAGUUCGUCAUUUUGGACUUUCUCUAUUACAAGAUUCCAUCUACAAGAAGUUCCACACUUUUAAUACUGAGAAAACCACUGCAAUUAGGAAUUGGAUUGUAGAAUUAGCCAAUAAGGCGAUGGACUCAGAUCCACAUUAUCUUAAGGAAAAACUUGCAUUUCUCUGGGUUGCCAUAGCGAAGAAAACGUGGGGCUCAUACCUUGUUAAGGCUCUUUCCAAGGAAAAUCAACUGUUAGAUGAAAAUAACAAAAUUCCAUCUGUUUCAGAACAGGAUUGCCUUGAUGGAUGGUCUUCAAUGGACUCUGACCUUUGGCAAUUAUGGAAUUCAAACUUAUGUUGUCGGGAGCUUUCUCUUGUAAUUAUUAGAACAUUAUUUGAAGACAUUUAUCUAUUGGAUGACCCCAUUGCUUCUAAAAGAACAACUAUUCUAAAUCAACUUAGUGUCUUGGUGGUAACUCCUGAUUCAGUUUUAAACUCGAUAUACGAGCCAAACCCUAAGUUGUCCUUAUGUAAGGCAUCAACUGAUGGUUGGUUUAUUGCAUGGAGUAAAUAUCUCAUUAAUAUUUUACUGGAGAAUAGUUGUGAAAGUUCACCAUGUCAAAUAUUUGUUCCAAAAAUCUUAUCAACUUUGAAAACUUGUUUACAUUGGGUUCAACCAUCAGUAUUGAAAAGUGAAAACAUUAUGAAUACUCUUAUUAAUAUAUUAACACUUCCAGAUGUUAAAUUGAAAACUUUAGCAGUGGAUUGUUUGCAUAUUUUAUUUACUAGAAAUUAUCAUAAUGAAGAAGAUUUCCAAUUUUUUAUUGGUAGUAUUUAUACUAGUGAAGGAAUUAGAAAAUUAUCUCAAUUUUAUGAAUCUUUAGAAAUAGAUCCUGAUGAUGUUGAUGAACAAGUAUAUUCAUUACUUAAAAAGACUGUGGAAAUGAUUGUAUCACUUAGUGAAUAUCUUAAUACAACCACAAGUCAAAGAAAUAAGAUUUCUUGGGAGAAGGCUGACGUUGAUAACUAUCUUAAACUUGUUCUUACUACAACAAGCCAUCCUAGUUUAAUUAUAUCUGGACUUUCACUUCAAAUGUGGGUAACAAUCUUACGAUUUGAUGAAUUAAGUUCGAAAGAACCAAUGCUUAAAAUACUACUUGAUUUACUUGAAGUGUCAGCUAAUAGAACCAUCAGUUACAAUUUAGUUGAUGAUGAUCAUAUUUCAAAGAAAUUCUUAGAUGUUGAUUUUGAUUCAACACCUGAUGCAAAUUCAUUUUUACUGAAUUACAAAAAGUUUAAUGAAGAUAUUGUUCGUAUCACAAUAUGUAAAAAACCUGAAGGUGGUUUAACCUGGUUAGAAAAUAGAUUACAGGCUUUUUUUAGCUCAGAAUUAGGGAGUAUAUGCAUCAAUUCAGCCAAAUUAGCUGAAAAAAGUGAUGCAUUCAAUUAUGGAAAUUCACAAUUUAAUAUCAUUGAAAAUUGUAUAAGAGGUAUAUCAAGAUGGAGAAUUUGGUAUACAGGUGAAGAUAUCAAUGUUAUUAAUGAUAGACUUAAUAAACUUGUUGAAAGUUUAGGUGAAAGAUUAUUAGCCAUGAAUUUGGCUUGUCCAAUGUUGAUUCGUAAACAAGUGCAAACACUUGUUCAAUUUGCUCCACUUUUAAAAGAUGUAAGUCCACUUAUGUUUCAAGUGUUGGAAAAAAUCUUAACCACUGCUACAUUUGAUUACCCUCCUGAUAUUUCAGAUGAAGAUAAAGAAUUAAUCAGGGAUUUGAGAACUAGUUGUGGAACUGAAUUAAAUCGUUUGGCAUAUAUUAUGCCUGAAUCAUUAAAGAAGAUAUUUAAUGAAUUAGAAAGUGUUGUUGCAAAUAUUCUUUCUUCAAAGAAGGUUACUGAACAUGAAAAUGUAGCCUUUAAAUCAUUCUUAUUGGUGAUUGCAUCAAGAUCAUCAAUUGAUGGUAAAGAUGAAUUGUUUGCCAAGAUUGUUGAUCCAGAAUUAGCAGCUUGGUCGGCUCCUGAAACUGAAAAGGGAUUAAUGGAUUUACAUUGGUUCAUGGAGAGAAUGGGGAUAGUUGAGAUAGCAUCUUAUUUCCGAAGCAGAGGAAUUACUGCAACCACAAACUUACUUGAAGCUCAAAUGGAUGAAGAAGGGAAACUUUUAAAAACAAGAUUAAAAGAUCAUUGGUCAUCUAUUUUUCCAAUUCGUGCUACUCGUAUCUUUAUACAAUACAGUAUAGAGAAAUUACCACAUGAUUCUCCUGAAUUUUUAAAUUUAUUGAAAAUGUGGAAACCCCGAGUACAACCAAUUGUACCGCAUAUACUUCAAUUAUUGACGCAAAUCCAGGCGUACCAUAAUCCGGAAAAUUGGAAAGACUUACCAGAUGCAGUUCAAUCAUUUGUAAGAUAUAGUUGUAUGGAAAGAUUCUGGCAACAAGGGGUAUCGAUACAAAGUAAAGAAACGUUUAUCGAAGAAAACGUUAAGGCCGCAUUAACCUUGAGAGACUUUGCUGAUUCUGUUGGACACUUGAUAAGAUACACUAGAGAAUAUGCCUUUUUAACAUUAGGUUCAUUGUCACAAUUAGAAGACACAUUUUAUGAAAUCCCAAAUAUUGCCACUAUGAUUUGGAAAUCAGUUGCUGGGGACACCCUGGGAAUCACAUUACAUAGUUGGAAACACAUGAUUAACAGUUGUUUACGAAGUGUCGUUCGUAACUGUCCUGUAAAGUUUGUGGAUGUAUUUAUGGCUGAAUUACUUCCAAAGGCCUUCUAUGAUAUUGAUAAAUUGAUUGUUUCUAAAUGGGAAAAGGUUUAUAUGAAUGGAUUACAAUUACAAGGUAAUGAAGAUGAUGAAACACUUUCAGAAGAAAUGAUGGAAGAGCACAUGUUAAGACAACUUACAGCUACAGUUGUUAGAUUCUUGAUGGAUGUUGUGAGUCAAUUCAAUGCAAAGAGUGUAACCGACACACAAUACGCUUGUAAGAGAUUGAUUAUCGAGAAUAAAGAAGUCAUGGCGCCAUUCUUGCAAAUUUGUUGUCAUAUUAUUCAGUUCAAGGAUACCAAAUGUUCCUUUAAUACGAUUUUGGUUGUUCGAAAUGUAUUAUCUGAAAUAUUAUUAAAAGAUGAUGAAGUUGACAAAUACUUGUGUGAUAAUCUUGUUAAGGCUUUACUUCAUGUAUUAUUAGACGAUUACUUCAUUGAAACACAUUCAGAGGCUGCUAUAGCCUUGACAACACUUUAUUGUGCGUUACGCUCCAAGAAUGAUUACCCUGCACGUGUAAUCAUUCAAUUCUUACCGAAUAUAACAUCACAUCAUGUUAGUAACUUUGAAACACUCCUUGUGAGUUCAAAAUCACUUAAACAUCAAAGAUCAGCACUUUUAGAACUCAUUAAAAUCUCUAAGGAUUCUGAUUCCCAAGAUUCAGAUGCAACUGAUAUGAAGGAAAGAAAGAAACAACUUGAUGCUGCUUCCCGGAAGAAGAAGGCAGCUGUGGACGUUAUGAAUGAUCCAUUUACGGAAAACAAUGCACUCACAAACCUCUUUGGAGACGAUUGAG